CCACGACUCGUGGCGAAGUUUUAGCGUCGCCUACCUCUACUCGUGGCGUGCCUACAACUCUUAGCCGGAUCUAUUACGCGCAGUUUUCGUGUUCGCGCGACGUUUCGUCCUCGCAACUUCGUUCGUCGCAGCGUUUCCUUCUUUUUUUUCCUUUCUAUACUAACUCUAUUCUCACGAUUCGCCUCUUCCCUCGUCCGUCAUCUGUUUCCUCGUUCGUGUUGUACGCGGGUUCGCGCGGCGUGUGCGCUCGUGCCCGGCCGCUAGUUUUCCAGUGUGUAACACGAGCUCAGUGUGAAACGACGUCGGUUGAAUACGUUUUUUCUCUCUCGUCACGCGGGUGCACCGGAAGAAAGAGAAUCGCCCGAUCUCGCCGGAAGCCAACGAAGCUUACCGGCUCGGCUACCGUGAUUCGCGACGCGCCAUCACCUAACCUCCAAACGCCUGUCUCUCGUUUUCGCGAACCGUGACAAUCGGCGGCUGCGUCCUCCUGCUGGCUCCCUUGUCUCCGUGACGUUGUCUUCGAUUCGAUAUUCACGCGGCGUUCGCGCGUUCGUUCACUUCACUGAUCGUGUAGUGCGUGCGCGGAAAUCAUCGAUCUCCGGUUUUCGAAAGUGAGACCAUCUUCGCCCGAUCGAGUCGUUAUAAUCACCGCGACAUCUCGUGAAAAUAAAAAAAUAAGAAAAUAUUGUAUAUAUCUAACCUGUGCUUCUUUGUCGUUUGUGUGCUUUGUGCCAAGGAUAUUCACGGUGUGUGUACAAUUAUUUUACUGCGUCGCCGAUCUCUCUCAGGGAACACUUUUUUUUUUUGGAUACGAUCUUCUCGCCUGUGGGCCACGUCCUACCGUUUGCACGGUAAGAUAUCUGGCUUCUUUGGCUCCGUUUCCUUUGGCACGCGAGCAGCUCGGUAAGCUCCUCAAAGAAUUCACUUAAAAUUCUUUCAAUCAACAACAGUCCAUUCCUUCCACUGGUGAGUGUCCCGGAAUUCCAGUACGCUCGAGGGACGGGCGCGUCCCUUACGAUGAGGGGUAGCGACGAGCUUCUGUCGCAAAGCGGAGCAGUUAGCAAUGGUGCUGCAAUGAGUCCACAACCACAUCACGCGGCCGACAACAACAAUGACGCCAAGAAGGUUAAACUCGACAAGAGCCACAACGGCAAACUUUCGAGGGUUAUCCACAUCAGAAACAUCCCCAACGAAGUAUCAGAGGGUGAAAUCAUCCAUCUUGGCGUCCCCUUCGGCCGUGUUACAAACGUUCUCGUCCUCAAAGGCAAAAAUCAGGCGUUCCUGGAAAUGGCGGAUGAAAAUGCUGCCGCGACGAUGGUAAAUUACUAUGCCUCGUGUAUGGCUCAGCUCCGUGGCAGGGCAGUUUACGUUCAAUUCAGCAACCAUAGAGAACUCAAAACCGAUCAAACGCACACCAACAAUGCGAACUCGAACAACCAAGUUGCGCUUCCUGGACAGAACCAGGUGGCCCAGACGCAAGCAGAAACUCAAGGGGGGCCCAAUACCGUUCUCAGAGUCAUCGUCGAGCAGAUGGUCUACCCAAUUUCCUUGGACGUCCUCUAUCAGAUAUUCACGCGUUUCGGCAAGGUCCUCAAGAUCGUCACCUUCACGAAAAACAACACUUUCCAGGCACUAAUACAGUACGCGGACAUGCUGUCGGCGCAAACCGCCAAACUGUCGCUGGAGGGUCAGAACAUCUAUAAUUCCUGUUGCACGUUGCGCAUCGACUAUAGCAAGAUGCAGAACUUGAACGUGAAGUAUAACAAUGACAAGUCGAGAGAUUAUACCAAUCCUUCUCUGCCAACUGGUGACGCGAAUUUGGACGCGGCUUCUCUUGCUUUGGGCGGCGAGCUUCUUCCACAGUUGUUAAUGGGCGCUGGAUCGCAGCCCCGUGCAAGAAUACCCGUAGAGUCCAUUGCAGGGGCACCGGGUGUGCUGCCCACGCCCUUUGCGGCCAUGCACGGUCUACCCUCGCCCUUAGCGGGCCCAUACAACGGGGUCCCACCUACCGGCGGAUUGGCUGGCUUAGGUGGGUUCCCUCUGGGUGCAGCUGGCCUUGGAGUACGCGUUCCUACAAACGCGCAAACUUCCGCGGUCCUGCUCGUCAGCAAUCUCAACGAAGAGAUGGUCACGCCUGACGCUCUCUUUACCCUGUUUGGCGUUUACGGGGAUGUUCAGCGUGUGAAGAUUCUCUACAACAAGAAGGACUCGGCACUGAUUCAAAUGGCCGAACCGCAUCAGGCGCACUUAGCAUUGACACACAUGGACAAAUUGCGAGUAUUUGGCAAGCAGAUCAAGGUAAUGCUGAGCAAACAUCAGACGGUACAGUUACCAAAGGAGGGCCAACCAGACGCUGGAUUGACGAAAGAUUAUACCAAUAGUCCUCUUCAUCGGUUCAAGAAACCGGGCUCUAAGAACUAUCAGAAUAUCUAUCCACCGAGCUCCACUCUGCAUUUAUCGAAUAUUCCUACAACUGUGACUGAAGACGAGAUCAGGGAUGCGUUCACUAAAAAUGGCUUCACCGUGAAGGCGUUCAAGUUUUUCCCAAAAGACAGAAAAAUGGCGCUCAUACAGAUGCCCAGCAUGGACGACGCCGUAGCUGCUUUGAUCAAAAUGCACAACUACCAGCUGAGCGAAUCCAACCACCUGAGAGUGUCAUUUUCCAAGAGCAACAUCUAACAAGAGUCACAAAUAUGCAACCGGCAGUGGUACCAGCCCUACGCCCUAGUCCCCUUUUGGAUACCCGGCUCAGUGUACGACUGAUGAUGAUAACAAGCGAUGAUGAUGAUCCUCGCUGAGUGUGUGGUCAGUCGCUGGUCCCAUUACCGCGACGCCAUUGACUGGCCAACCUCUGGAUCUUACCUGGGAAACGAAGGAAUGAAGCUUCCUCUGCGAAGCGCAUAUACAAAACACGACCUAACAAUCGUGUGCGGUGCACUUCUAUUUUUCUUGACAGACCGUCUCUAAGACUAUUUCCGAACAGCGUACAGAUCGACACGAUUUGUUAUCUCCAUACAUGCAUACACACACACACACACACACACACACACACACACACACACACACACACACACACACA